AUGUCGUUCAUGGAGGAUGUAUCUGAUGUCAGCGAGUCUAGUAACUACGACGAAUGGAUCACGAGCUUUUGCUCCCGGUUCGGGCACGAAUUCUUCUGCCAGGUGCCCACGGAGUUCAUCGAGGACGACUUCAACCUGACGGGUCUGUCCGCAGAGGUGCCGCACUACCGGCGCGCGCUGGACCUGAUCCUGGACCUGGAGUCGCUGUCGGAGGAGGACGAGGAUGGGGUUGCGGCCAGCGCGGGGGCGGCCAGCAACGGCGGGGACCACAGCAACGGCACCAGCGUGCGGCAGGCGGCGCACGCGGAUGGGCAGCCCAUUAACAAGUCCAUCAUCGACCACUGCGCGGAGCAGCUGUACGGCCUGAUCCACGCGCGCUACAUUCUGACCAAGCAAGGCCUGCAGGCGAUGGCGGAAAAGUUCGACCACAAGGAGUUCGGGACAUGUCCGCGCUACUACUGCGGCGGCAUGCAGCUGUUGCCGUGCGGGCUCAGCGACACGCUCGGCAAGAACACGGUGCGGCUGUACUGCGCGUCGUGCCAGGACCUGUACCUGCCCCACUCGAGCCGGCACCUGUGUCUGGAGGGCGCCUUCUGGGGCACGAGCUUCCCGGGCGUGUUCCUCAAGCACUUCAAGGAGCUCGAGGACUACGUCGAGCAGAAGAACAAGAACGUCUACCGCCUGCGCAUCUUCGGCUUCCCCGUGGCCAAGGAGUCGAUCUCCGGUCCGCGCAUGGAGUGGCUCAGACAGUACCCCUCCACCGAGGCCGAGUGGCAGGAGUUCGAAAAGUGUGAAUACGAGAUCCUCAAGCUCGAGGACCAGGAGUGA